UAACUGUUCACGCGCGUUUUUUCCCUCGCUGAGCUCGAGCGAGGAUGAAGCGAGGUGAAGUACUGAGGAGCUGAGGAGGAGACAUGGAUAAGUACAGAAGAGGCUUGCUGUCUCGCUCGUCUGAAGGAAUGCAGGUAGUCAGACCGAGAAUGACCGUGUGGUGGCUGCUAAUAAUCCUGGCACUGGUGCAAUUUCCAGAACCUACAAAGGGGCAAAUUGCAGGCCCACGAAGACUACGAUUUAAAGUCAUGGGUCCUGGCAAGUUGCAUGUGUUAUGGAAAGAGCCAAAGGGAGAACACGAUGGCUAUAGAUUUAUAUACAGCAGUGAGCCAGACGGAGAGAGGAAUGAGCUUCGAAUUGGAAAGGGUCAAACCAAGGCGAUAAUAAAUGACUUCAAUCCCAUGAAGGAGUACACAGUCAAGGUUAUAGCUGUGAGUGGAAGUCAACAGAGCAGAGCACUUGAAGGAAGCUUUGCAGCUCAGGCCCAUGAAUUUGAUAGAGAAAACACUCAACCACAGAGAAUAAAGGAGAUGCCUACAGAGGAUGGUUCUGAACUAUCAGGAGUGGAUCAGUUUGUGUGCACCACAUCUGCACAUGCUGAUAUUGUCAUCCUGGUAGAUGGCUCGUGGAGUAUCGGAAGGCUCAAUUUCCGUCUGGUGCGCACAUUCCUGGAAAACCUGGUUAAUGCUUUUGAUGUGGGAAUUGAUAAAACCCGUAUAGGACUGGCCCAGUACAGUGGAGAUCCCAGGGUUGAGUGGCACCUCAAUGCCUUUACCACUAAAGAGUCUGUCAUUGAUGCUGUCAAAAGCCUGCCAUACAAAGGAGGAAACACACUCACAGGUUUGGCCCUUACCUACAUUCUGAAGAACAGCUUCAAACCAGAAUCUGGUUCUCGAAGCAACGUUCCUAAAAUUGGGAUCCUGGUCACUGAUGGUAAAUCUCAGGAUGCUGUUGACGUUCCUGCGCAGAGCUUGAAGGAUGCUGGUGUUGAACUCUUUGCCAUUGGAGUAAAGAAUGCAGAUGAAAAUGAGCUGAAGGUCAUCGCCUCUGAGCCACAUGAUACACACACCUACAACGUAGCUGACUUCAGCAUCAUGAAUACUAUAGUGGAGGGACUGACCAAGACUGUCUGCGAGGGAGUACAGCAACAAGAGAAAGACAUUAAAAGAGAUUCAGUCCCUGACGAUCCGCUAUACUAUCCUCAGGACUUGGUGACCUCUGAAGUGACAGCGCGAAGUUUCCGUGUGUCCUGGAGACAUGCACCAGACAGUGUUCUGAAGUACCGUGUGGUUUACUAUCCCAGCAAAGGAGGUCGGCCAGAAGAAGUUGUGGUGGACGGCACAGAGACUACGGCUGUGCUGAAAGACCUCAGCUCGCUGACCGAGUAUGAGAUUGCUGUGUUUGCUGUGUACGCUACCUCGGCCAGUGAGGCCCUGAGGGGCAGUGAGACCACACUGGCUCUGCCUAUGGUCAGUGGUCUGGAGCUGUAUGAUGUGACCCACAGUACCAUGCAUGCUCGAUGGAGGUCUACAGAUGGGGCUUCUGGGUACAUGAUUGUGUAUGCACCUAUAAGCAGUGAAACUGCUGAUGAGACUGAGGUCAAAGUAGCAGACACUGUGACAGACUUUAGACUUGUGGGUUUAAGUCCGGAUACAGAGUACACAGUGACAGUGUAUGCCAUGUUUGGAGAUGAAGCCAGUGAUCCUGCUACCGUGCAGGCAAACACCUUGCCUUUGAGGGCUCCUCGUAAUCUUCGAGUCACAGAGUUGGACCACAACUCGGUGCGACUCAACUGGGAUGCGCCAUCAAGCACAGUCAAAAGCUAUCGCCUGAAGUAUGCCAAAAGUAAUGGUGAACAAACUAAUGAGGUUGAAACAGGUCCAGUGUCUAACGUGUACUUGAGGAACCUGGCCUCCCAAACAGAGUACACAGUGUCUGUGUUUGCUGUGUAUGAUGAGGAUCAGUCAGAACCCUUAAAAGGAAUCUUCACCACAAAACUCGUUCCAGCUCCACGGACCAUUAAAAUUGAUGAAGUGACCCCAGAUAGUUUCCAGGUGAGCUGGACACAGCCAGGGGACGGCGUGGAGUUUUAUAAACUCACCUGGAGACCCUUUGGAGGAGGAGAUGCUAAAGAGAUGGUUGUACCAGGCAGCAUUAAUACCCAUGUGGUGAAUGAUCUUUCUCCUCUUACUGAGUAUGAAGUGCUGCUGUCUGCUAUCUACAGUGAUGAGGCUGAGAGCAGUGCCGUACCUGCAUUAGAGACUACAUUGCCCAUGCCUGCUACUACGGCCUUCCCCUCUACAUCCCCACCAGUGACACGGCUGGGUGUGACCAACCUGCGGGUGGACGAUGAAACCACAUACAGUCUGCAGGUCAGCUGGGGCAUGGACGAUGCAGAUGUUGAGAUGUACAGAGUGACCUAUGUCAGUCAGAGAGGAGACCGUGCAGAAGAAUCGGUGCUAGUCCCAGGCAAUAGAAAGAGUGUGAUGUUGCAGCCUCUUCUCUCAGACACAGAAUACAAGAUCACAGUUAACCCUAUUUAUCCAGAGGGAGAAGAUCCAGAGGGCGCAUUCUCUCUGUCCUCUAUUGGACGUACACUACAACUGACUGCACCAAGCAACCUGAGGGUGUCUGAGGAAUGGUACAACCGCUUUCGCCUAACCUGGGACACACCGUCUUCACACACCAUGGGCUACAGGAUCAUCUACCAGCCUACUUCUGUGUCGGGUCCUGCUCUGGAGACAUUUGUAGGAGAAGAUGUGAACACACUGCUGAUCCUCAACCUGCUGACUGGCACUGAAUACAGCGUUAAGGUCAUUUCUUCAUACACAACAGGCUCUAGUGAGCCUCUAACUGGCACAGCAAGGACACUGUUUCUGGGAGUCAGUGGCCUCGGUACGUACCAGGUGCGGAUGAACAGCAUGUGUGCACAGUGGCAGCCUGUCAGCCAGGCCUCCCUCUACAGGGUCAUCAUCGAGUCACUGCUCAAUGGUCACAAAGAGGAGCACAGAGUAAGUGGUGGUGCCUCCAGGCAGUGUUUCUUCAACCUGUCGCCUAACUUGCAGUACAAGAUCAGCGUCUACACACAGCUAGAGAACAUGGAGGGCCCUGCUGUCACCAUCGUGGACACCACACUACCAGCUCCAACCCAGCCACCGCCUCCACCUCCCACCACGGCCCAAGUUCCCACCAUCCCAUCAGCUAAAGAAGUUUGUAAAGCAGCCAAAGCAGAGUUGGUGUUCUUGGUAGACGGUUCCUGGAGCAUAGGAGAUGACAACUUCCAGAAGAUCAUCCGCUUUCUAUACAGCACCACUGGGGCUUUGGAUAUCAUUGGUCCCGAAGGAACACAGGUGGCCAUCGUUCAGUUCAGCGAUGAUGCCAGGACUGAGUUCAAGCUCAGCUCCUACAGGGACAAGGAGUCUCUGCUGGAUGCUGUACAGCGCAUCACCUAUAAGGGAGGAAACACCAAAACAGGUCGAGCCAUUAAACACGUGAAGGAGAGCAUCUUUACAGAAGAGUCUGGUGUGAGGAGGGGAAUUCCCAAAGUCCUGGUUGUGCUCACAGAUGGCCGCUCACAAGACGACGUUAACAAGAUCUCCAAAGACCUGCAAACAGAAGGUUACAUCAUCUUUGCCAUUGGCUUUGCUGAUGCGGAUUACGGGGAGCUGGUGAACAUUGCAAGCAAGCCUAGCGAGAAACAUGUCUUCUUUGUAGACGAUCUGGAUGCAGUCAAUAAAAUCGAAGAGCAGCUCAUAACAUUUGUUUGUGAGGCAGCAACAGCAACUUGUCCGUCUUUGCUGAUAAGUGGGAAUACCUUGGCAGGUUUCCGUAUGAUGGAGAUGUUUGGGAUGGUGGAGAAAGACUACAGUAAUGUGCAGGGUGUUUCCAUGGAGCCUGGAACUUUCAACAGUUUCCCCUGCUACAGGCUGCAUAAGGAUGCUCUCAUCUCACAACCAACCAAAUAUCUGCACCCUGAGGGACUUCCUUCUGACUACACCGUGUCAGUGCUGUUCCGCAUCCUGCCUGAAACUCCUCAGGAGGCCUUUGCAUUGUGGGAAGUUCUCAAUAAAGCCAAUGAACCCCUGGUGGGUCUCAUCCUGGACAAUGGUGGGAAAACGUUGACAUUCUUUAACUAUGACUACAAGGGUGAUUUCCAGACAGUGACCUUUGAAGGACCUGACAUCAGAAAAAUCUUUUAUGGUAGUUUUCACAAGCUUCAUGUGGCAAUCAGCAAGACCUCUGCAAAGGUAGUGAUUGACUGUAAGAUAGUUGGUGAGAAGCCCAUCAGCGCUGCCGGGAACAUCACCACAGAUGGACUGGAGGUUCUGGGACGAAUGGUACGCUCGCGUGGCAGCAGGGACAACUCAGCAUCGUUUCAGCUUCAGAUGUUUGAUAUUGUCUGCAGUACAUCAUGGGCCAGCCGAGAUAAAUGCUGUGAGCUCCCAGGCUUGAGAGUAGAGAAAGAUUGCCCUGCUCUGCCUCAUGCGUGCACCUGCUCUCAGGACAGUAAAGGACCACCUGGACCCUCGGGACCUCCAGGUGGUCCCGGUGUAAGAGGGUCAAGAGGAGACCGAGGGGAACCAGGCUCAGCGGGACCUCAAGGGCCAACCGGUGAAAUUGGACCUCCAGGACCUCAGGGACCUCCUGGACCACAGGGGCCAAGUGGACUCUCUAUCCAAGGACCACCAGGACCUACAGGAGAAAAAGGAGAAAAGGGUGACUCAGGUCUGCCAGGUCCUCAGGGUGUGCCAGGAGCCAGUGGAGGACCCGGCAGAGACGGCCCACCAGGACAGAGGGGUUUGCCUGGGAAAAAUGGACCACAGGGGCAACAGGGCCCACCAGGACCAAUUGGCAGUCCAGGUGCUCCUGGAGCUCAAGGAACCACUGGACCCAAAGGAUCACAUGGUGAUCAUGGACCACCUGGUAUUCCUGGUUCCAAAGGCGAGCGAGGAGAAAGGGGCGACAUGCAGUCUCAGGCAGUUGUCCGCUCUAUAGCACGGCAAGUGUGUGAGCAAUUAAUUCAGAGCCACUUGUCUCGCUACAACUCAAUCCUGAAUCAGAUCCCUAGUCAGUCUGUAGUCCGGACAGUGCCGGGCCCUCCAGGGGAACCAGGUCGUCAGGGCUCUCCGGGGCCACAGGGAGAACAGGGGCCUCCAGGCAGACCAGGCUUCCCCGGAGGUAAUGGACUAAGUGGCCAGCCAGGAGAGAGAGGGCUCCCAGGAGAGAAAGGAGAGAAAGGCAGUCCAGGUGUGGGGACACAGGGACCUCGUGGCCUCCCAGGACCUCCAGGCCCUUCCGGUGAGGGUCGCACAGGAAGCCAGGGUCCUCCAGGCAGGCCUGGAUCUCAGGGCACUCCAGGUCGCCCUGGAAGUCCUGGAAACUCUGGCCCUGCUGGACCACCAGGUUACUGCGACCAGAACGCCUGCUUAGGGUACAACAUAGGAGGGCAAGGCGAAGUGCAGUAUGAGAAUGACUACUGAGAGGCAUUCUCUGAAACUCUGCUGCCAUUUCUCUUUUCCCUUUAUCCCUCCAUCCCUCCAUUCUCUAACUUUGGCAAAAAAAGACUGUGCCUAGGGAAAGACUUGUCUACAACCCCCAAGCUUCCAUAUUAUAUAAUCCCAUAUUCCCCCACUUCUGAAGAUCACCACCACUACACAGCAAAGGUCAUGCAUGCCUAUUCACACAAAUCCAUCCAGCUUUCUUUGUUGUCCCUUCUCUUCCUCUUUCUCCCCCUCUUUCUCUCACUCUCUCUCUGUCUCUGGACUGGAAAGUUUUUGACAGUCAUAUCUGAUGGCCCUUCACCAGAAAGCCAUAAUUUCUCAUGCUCGUCUUCUGCUUCCAGUUUUCUCUAACACUGUGACUUUAUCUCUCUGCUGCUUUCCUCUGACGCUAACCCAAUGGCUACUUUCUUGGUGGUGGUGAAUGACAUAGACAGAGGAAAAAUGGAUGACCAACACAAUUCCCCAAUCUUCCCAUAGUACAACAGUUACCUCCCAGUUCCUACCAAAACUACGGGCCCACCGACACAAAUGACGAAGAGCAGGAGGAGGAGGAAGAGGACCCGUACGGUGGAUACCGCCGCUACCCACCCCAGUACUACCAGCCCAACUAUCCCAACCCUCGUGUUGCCCAACCUGGCACUGCUUCUUCCGGUGCCAUGAUGAGGGAGCGAGGCACACACCGCUUCUCCCGUAGCCUGAAUGAGAAGAGUGGAGCUCAGUCCACAACACAGGAAGAGGAUAAAUCUGCACACUGACAGCCCAAUCCACAAAUACACACUUAAUAUUACGCAAGUGUCCAGUAGGAUAGCAUUAAGUGAAUGGUAAUUGGAAAGUGCCUGAUGAGGGUGGGUAGUAUGGAGGGAGUGCAGUAAACCCAUACUGUGCCCACAGACCUUCACUGACUUUUUUCUUUGUAAAAGUGCAUGCAGUCAAACAAAAACACAACAAAGGUCAAAUAAUGCAGUGGAUUUGUAUUAGUUGUCCUUUUGGGGAAAAAACAUUGGAUUUGUACAGUUUGUGUAAUUGUUUUUAUAAUAAAAAUGGAGAUUGAAUCAAAACUUCCACGUUUGCUUGUCCACGAUUUUAAUGUUCCUGUCAUGUUAUAGUCAUUUAUUUAUGGAAAGUUGAAUCCUUGGCAGUACCGGACAAUAUAAAAACAAUAUUGAACCACGCUGGCACUGACACUUAAUGACACUUGAUAAACGCUAUACAUAAUGUCUAGAAAGUGAUUGUACAAUCACAUGUCAAUGUGAAUUUCCUGUGGAUUUGACCGUUAAAGGAUAAACGUUAUACAGUAUGUGGGGAUUCAUUUGUUUUUGUUUUGUUUUAAUACAAGAGCUCAGACUGGAAAUCCUUUUCUGUCUUUCUCUGUGUACGUAUGUGCUUGUCCUAUGGGCCUAUUCACUGUGGAAGAGUGUUGAAUAGUUAGGCCUGUGGUCUACUGUCCUCUCAGAAUGAAACAAACUGUGUGCGCUGAACAGGUGCCGGAGGAAUGGCUCACUACCAAACUUUUGAAGCGGAAAAGUAACUUAUUUUUACUUUGUUUUUGUAACCAAUAAAACUGUAAUAUGACCACGUGAUGUCUUAUCUGUUCUUUGUUACUUUUUUUUUU